CUUCAAGGCAUCUAGGGACUGGCUUUGACCUUGCUUCCUCUGCUGAGACAAGCCCCCAUUCAUUUAUUUUUAGUCUGUUCAGCAGAAGCAUCUACGUCCCUCCUCCAAGAUCUCAGCCCACUGUACUAGGCACUGCAGACACGAAGGGAGAGAAAUCCCCUGCCCUGAUGCUCUUAUUGCAGCCUGAGAGUACAAGAUGGACAAAGGGCGCGAGAGAGAAAUGGAGGUACAGGGAGAUGAAGUGACUGCUCCAAGGUUGCAAGAAGCUAAGCCACAGGUCUGUGCGCCCCUCAAGUGGUCUGCCCUCUAGACCAUGUGCCUCCCACGAAACGAUGGAGUCGAGGCUCUUCAAGGCACUGGUGGACGGAGCAGCCCUCUAAUGAAGAUGAGUGUCACCAUCAUUGCCGCACCUACACAUCUUCACAAGGUGUUUUCUCUUGCAGCCCAGCUCGCACACCAGAUUUCACUGCCCAUGACAUUGCAACAACCCAUGACGGGAUGGAAAUGCGUUCAGGAUGGUGCCUGAAAUGCAUGUAAAUAAGUCGGCGCAAACAGACGAAAACAAGCCCCAAGUUGGUGGAUCCAAGGCAGGAACCUGCUGCAGCCACUCACCUGCGGACUGGUGUUCAGGCAGCAGCGCCAUGAGGGAGGCCAGGUUGUGUUUCCGUGCCUUGCUGAUCGCAACCAGCUUGCAAACGCUCACCGCUUCCGACUUCCAUUUACCAGGCGACUAUGUGCUCGGGGGGCUCUUCUCGCUGCAUGCUGAAACGGUGGGCAACUCCCAUUUCGCCCGCGCAGAGGUGCCAAGAUGUCAGACGUUUAACCUGAAGAUUGUGGGCUACAGCUUCCUCCAGGCCAUGAGAUUUGCAGUGGAGGAGAUCAACAACAGCAGCACCCUGCUGCCCGGGAUCUCCCUGGGCUACGAGAUGGUGGAUGUCUGUUAUCUCACCAACAUCGUGCACCCCGUCUUGUAUUUCCUCGCUGACAACCACUACAAGGUACACCUGCAGCAGAACUACACACGCUACCGACCCCGGGUCCUGGCCGUUGUUGGCCCUGACUCCUCUCCAGGAGCCGUCACGGUGGCCAACAUCCUGAGUUCCUUCCUCAUCCCUCAGAUCACCUGCACUGCAACCACCGAAUCCCUGAGGAACCCCGAACGCUUCCCUGUUGCCUUCCGUACCAUCCCCAGCACCGAGCAGACGAUCAAGGCCAUGCUGCUCCUGCUGAAGCAUUUUCACUGGAACUGGGUCAUUGUGCUGUUCGGCGACGAUGAAUAUGGGCAGGAGAAUCUGAAGCUCUUGCAGUUCUGGGCUACGGGGGUCUGCAUAGCGUUUCAGGAGAGCAUCCCGGUGCCCCGUGAGAGCAAGAAGCUGUCGCUAGAGCAGCAAGCAAAGGUCCAGGACAUUAUUAACAUGCUCCGCCGGAGCACUGCCAAGGUGGUCCUUGUUCUGACCUUGGACUUGACGCUCCCGUUCUUCUUCCAGGAGGCCAUCCGCCAGAACGUUACAGACUUGGUGUGGAUUGGCGCCGAAGCCUGGGCGACCGAUCCCAGUUUGCACAGCAUUACCAACAUCAGUAGGUUGGGCACCUUCUUGGGGUUGGCAGUCAGAGAGGUCCCCAUCCCUGGUUUCAGUACCUUCAGGGUCAAGUCUCCUUCCAACCAGACUGAAGGAGCUGGAACAUGGGCAAGUGACCAAGGAACAUGCAACCAAGUAUGUGACCGGUGCUUGUCGGCGACCAAGCAAAAAGAGAAGGAGCUGAGGGGCUCUGGGGAGCGCAUAGACUUCAACGUCUACUCCGCGGUCUACGUCAUUGCUCACGCUUUGCACCGGCUCCUGCGCUGCGGCUCCGCGGGAUGUCACAAGCGGGUGGUGUACCCCUGGCAGUUGCUGCCGGAGGUGCGCCAGGUGGAUUUCUCUCUGCUCGACAACAAGAUCCGGUUCGAUGAGAACGGCGAUCCUCCAAACAGCUUUGUGAUCGUGCAGUGGCGGUGGGACGAAGACAACCACCCGUUCAAGAAGAUCGCUUACUACAGCACCAUGCACCAGAAGCUGCUGUUCGGCACGGACAACAUCUCUUGGCAUACUCCAGGCAACGAGGUGCCUGUAUCCAUCUGUUCCUACCAGUGCAUCCCCGGGCAACGGAAAAAGCCCGUUGGCCUCCAUCCCUGCUGUUUUGAGUGUGUUGACUGUGAAGCAGGGACUUACUUCAACGAGAGCGACCACUACAACUGUCAGCCUUGUCUUGCCACCCAGUGGUCCAAUGUCAGAAGUCAAGCGUGCUACCCAAAGGUUGUGACAUAUCUGGCCUGGGACGAUCACAGAGCUGUGGUGCUAUUGAUAGUCUCACUGUUGGGCCUUUUAACCACUCUAGCAACACUGCUCACAUUUGCCUUUCAUUUGCGUACCCCCGUGGUGAAGUCUGCAGGAGGUGGGAUGUGCUUGCUCAUGUUGGCAUCUCUGGUCAUUUGUUUCCUCAACAUCCUUGCAUACGUAGGAAUCCCAACGGUGUUCAAGUGCGUGUGGCGGCAGACCGUGUACAGCUUGGGCUUCACUCUGUGCAUCUCCUGCAUCGUGAUCAGGUCCCUCCAGAUAGUCUGCAUCCUCAAGCUCAUGGCAAAGCUGCCCAAAGCCUAUAACUACUGGACCAAGUACAAAGGGCCAUACAUUUUCAUGGCUGUGGUUUUAGCUCUGAAAGCUGUUAUUCUGAUGAUCAACUUUAUUAUCAGCUCACCGGCUCCUGUCGAGUUGCCCUUAGAGGACAACCCUGCAGUAUUGGUGCUGGAUUGCAAGAAGACUCAUGCGUUUCUCGAAAUGUUGGACACUGCCUUAGAUAUGUCCCUCUCCGUUCUGUGCUUCUGUUUUGCCUACGCCGGCAAAGAGUUUCCCAAGAACUACAACGAAGCCAAGUACAUCACGCUAUGGACAACCUCCUACUUCACCACUUGGGUUAUACUCUUUGUGGCCAUAACUGCGUACCCAGGGGUGCUGGUACCCUUCUUCAAUGCCCUAUUCAAUGUAGUCAAUUUGCUUGGGAUUGUCAUAGGUUACUUUGGUCCCAAGUGUUAUAUCAUUUUCUUCCACCCAGAACGCAACACGUCAGCUUACUUCCAAACAGACAUCCAGACUUAUACCAUGAGGCAGAAAUAGUCUGAUGACUGUAGCUCAAGAGAUACAGCCCUCCCAUGGAAGAAGUCCCAAUUCCAAUGUUUUCCUAUGUUCGAGUCUCAUAAAUGUGCGAGUCCUGCAAAUUCCCUUCUAAUGGGAUAAUGUUGGGGUUUUUUUAUUUGAAGCCAGCAAAGACGGAGAAACAGUGGGGUGGAUGGAGGAGUUUUCACAUAAGGCCUAAGGGGACCAGCUGGAAGUCACCAGGGGCUGCACGGCGAUGAUUAACCUGAAGCCAUCAUUCCAAGAAAUUUGACAAUCCCGUUCCCAAACUCAAGGCCCAGGCCAGCCCAUCACUAUCCUAAUCUCUGGUUCUUUCAUUUGCCACUUAAAUCACUGACCUUUAAUGAAGGGAUUAAGGCUAUUGCCUUCAGGGAAAGUAACAUGUGCAAUGACAGUGUCCCAUCCUUUAGCUUCAAUGCCCUGCGAGAAAUUCCCACCGGACUCCCCCCUGCUGCUCUCAUUUCAUUGCCUGUAGAGUCAGGAACCGAGAGCUACCCUGCAGGUUGGUUGGAAAAUACCUGUUUUGGGCACUGCCAGGAUGAAGUGGCUCUGCCUUCACACAGCUAGACUUCUAGUCCUCCGGGUCCCCACUAUAGCUCGAUGCUGUGAGGAGCUCUCCACAGGCCGACUGCGUGCAAUCAGUGGGGUCCAAUCCUGUGGAUGCCAUUAUAGCGCAAUGCAGCUGUUAGCAAGGGUGACAAGAAAUUAAACUCCUGAAUUUCCCUUAACAGGCUACUCAUUUUGGAUACCUCCAUUAGAGGCUUGGAAGGCUUUGUGUUGAAAGCUCUGUGCACUUGCAGAUGCUCAGCUCUGCCAGAAUAAUGUGGGCCCUUAAGAGGUCUCCAAAACCCUGCACCCCAAACUCAGUAACCAUCAAUGACUAUUUUGUCUCAACCAACCACAGAUAGAUAGCCAAGGCUGCAGGUCUUCCAUUCCACCAAACCCAAGCAAGCAAAACAUCAUGGGUAUGUGAACUGCAGGAAGGACAUAUCCAACCACCCAGGCAAGGUAGACAACUAGCAUGGUUAUCCGAAUGAACAAAAACACCAGAAAGUAAUGGGCCAGGUGACACAGCCCUGUAGGAGUCUGAUGCUGGUAGAGUUUUAUGCUUCUCCCAUAAUAAAAAAGUCAUUAAAACAGACGUGGUUUGUUCAGAUUUACUCAGGUCUGACAAAGGACUAAUGCACCCAAGA